CCCAGAGCUGGUGCGUGGUGUGCGCGCCGGUGACGCCGUGCCGUUCCUUCUGCAGCGCGGGAAUAAAGUGUGUAGGGUGGGCGGCUGUCCUGGAUGCCCGGGUUGCAGGCCUUGGUGUCGUGGCGCCCCACGAGCCUUCCCGCUGAAGGAGAAGUCCCGUUGACCUGGCUCUUCUCAGGGUUUCAUACGAGCUUUGUUGAUUGGUUUGAUGUGGAGAAAUACUGCUCCCUAUGGAAGAGGGUGAUAAAGUCCUUAGGAGCUUAAUUUAGGAACCUUUGGCAGCAUGCUUCAACUACGUGUAGUUUGGUGCCCAGUUACUUCAGUCAUCACCUGCUGCCUCCCAGGGUGUGCGUUAGCAGGAAGCUGGAACUCGGAGCUGGGCAUCGCAUCAGAGCUGGGCAUCAAAUUCAGGGCAUUUUAAAAAUGAAUGAAAAAAGAUUGGAAACAGCUGCAGAGCAGCGGAAGUUUCCCAAAUGGAUGUCUGUGGAGAGUAAAAGAUGCGCUGUAGAAGAAACAAAGGCAUCUACUCGCAAGAGUGUUUUGGAAGAUGACCUCCCUUUCUUAGAAUUCACUGGGUCCAUUGUGUAUAGUUACGAUGCUAGUGACUGCUCUUUCCUAUCAGAAGAUAUUAGCAUGAGUCUGUCUGAUGGUGACGUGGUGGGAUUUGACAUGGAAUGGCCACCAGUGUACACUAAAGGGAAAUCAAGUAGAGUUGCACUAAUUCAGUUGUGUGUGUCAGAGAGCAAAUGUUAUUUGUUUCACAUUUCUUCUAUGUCAGUUUUUCCCCAGGGAUUAAAAAUGUUGCUUGAAAAUAAAGCAAUUAAAAAAGCAGGCAUAGGAAUUGAAGGAGAUCAGUGGAAACUUCUCCGUGACUUUGACAUCAAAUUGAAGAGCUUUGUGGAAUUGACAGAUGUUGCCAAUGAAAAGCUGAAAUGUGCCGAGACCUGGAGCCUCAAUGGUCUGGUUAAGCACCUCUUAGGUAAACAGCUUCUGAAAGACAAGUCCAUCCGCUGUAGCAAUUGGAGUAAUUUUCCUCUCACCGAGGACCAGAAACUGUACGCAGCCACUGACGCUUACGCUGGUCUCAUCAUUUAUCGAAAACUAGAAAUUUUGGGUGAUGCUGUGCAAAUGUUUGCUAUAAGUGAAGGGGAAGAAAUCCUGCCUAGUGAUAUGAAGAAACAGUUGACUUCAAUCUCUGAGGAGGUGAUGGAUCUGGCCAACCAGCUUCCUGACACUUUGAGGAAACUGGAAAAUCCACAGAGGAUUUCUAUACUAUUGAAGGCUAUUUCAGAAAAUGUAUAUUCACUGAGGAAGAUGUUAUUUGGUUCAACUGACAUGAACACAGAGCUGGGGCCCAGCAGUAAUUUUAACUUACCAUCAUCGGAUGACUCAACUCAAAUUAUAGAACAUAAAAUUGAUAACGAUGAGAGAAGGGGCGCAACACAUUAUAAUUCGGUUACACGCAAUGCGGAAGAUAUAUUUGGAAAUGAAACAAAACAAGAGGAUGGAUUUGAAGAUGGAAUAGAAAAUACAUCAAAAGAGAAUAUGGAAAGGUUUUGUUUGAUGUCGUUAGAUAUUACAGAAUAUGAACUCCAAAUGUUGGAACAGCAGGCUCAGGAAAAAGCUGUUAGUGAUGUUCCUAACACAUCUGCUGAGCAUUUAUCUCCUAAGGAUAAUGAAAAUGAAAAUGAUUCAUCUUACAUAAUUGAAAGUGAUGAAGAUUUAGAAUUGGAGAUGCUUAAGUCUUUAGAAAACCUAAACAGUGGCACGGUAGAACCAAUGCAUUCUAAAUGCUUAGAAAUGGAAAGACAUGUGGAUCUUCCUGCUGAAGACGAUGAAGAUGAAAAUGAAGCUCUUGAAGAGGAAGGUGAUGAUGAGGAUCAUUUGUUGCCAGAACCCAGUGCAAAGCAAGUUAUUUGCCUCAAGACAUAUUUUGGCCAUUUUAGUUUCAAACCAGUUCAGUGGAAAGUGAUUCAUUCUGUAUUGGAAGAAAGACGAGAUAAUGUUGUUGUCAUGGCAACCGGAUACGGAAAGAGUUUAUGUUUCCAGUAUCCACCUGUUUACGUAGGCAAGAUUGGCGUUGUCAUCUGUCCUCUUAUUUCUCUGAUGGAAGACCAAGUGCUACAGCUGGAAAUGUCCAACAUCCCAGCUUGUUUCCUUGGAUCAGCACAGUCAAAAAACGUUCUAGAGGAUAUUAAAUUAGGCAAAUACUGUAUUGUGUACAUGACUCCAGAAUUCUGUUCAGGUAACUUAGACCUACUCCAGCAACUUGAUGCUAGCAUUGGUAUCACACUCAUUGCAGUGGAUGAGGCCCAUUGUAUUUCUGAGUGGGGGCAUGACUUUAGAAGUUCAUUCAGGAGCUUGGGUUCCCUAAAGACAGCACUCCCACUGGUUCCAAUUGUUGCACUUACUGCCACUGCAAGUUCUUCAGUGCGGGAAGACAUUGUUCGUUGCCUAAAACUGAGCAAUCCUCAGAUUACCUGUACGAGCUUUGAUCGACCAAACCUGUAUUUAGAAGUUGGGCCAAAAACAGGGAAUAUCCUUCAGGACCUAAAGCAAUUUCUUGUCAAAAAGACAAGUUCUGACUGGGAAUUUGAAGGUCCAACCAUCAUCUAUUGUCCUUCCCGGAAGAUGACUGAACAAGUUACAGCUGAACUUCGUAAACUGAAUGUGGCCUGUGGAACGUACCAUGCAGGCAUGAGCUGUAGCAGGAGGAAGGAGGUUCAUCAUAGUUUCAUGAGAGACGACAUUCAGUGUGUCAUAGCUACCAUUGCUUUUGGAAUGGGCAUUAAUAAGGCUGAUAUUCGCAAAGUCAUUCAUUAUGGUACUCCCAAGGAAAUGGAAUCCUAUUAUCAGGAAAUUGGUAGAGCUGGCCGUGAUGGACUUCAGAGUUCUUGUCACCUACUGUGGGCUGCAGCAGAUUCUAACUUGAAUAGGCACCUACUUAUGGAGAUACGUGAUGAGAAGUUUCGAUUAUAUAAAUUACAGAUGUUGACAAAGAUGGAAAAAUAUCUUCAUUCCAGCAGAUGUCGGCGGCAGAUCAUCUUGUCUCAUUUUGAGGACAAACAACUGCGAAAAGCCUCGUUGGGUAUAAUGGGAACUGAAAAAUGCUGUGAUAAUUGCAGGUCCAGAUUGGGUCAUUCUCGUCCUGUUGAUGCUUCGGAUGAUGACACAUCACAGGACUUCGGACCACAAGCAUUCCAGUUGCUGUCUGCUGUGGCCAUCCUGGGGCAAAAGUUUGGAAUUGGGGUUCCAAUUUUAUUUCUCCGAGGAUCUAGUUCUCAGCGUGUGGCAGAUAAAUAUCGCAGUCACAGUUUCUUUGGUAUCGGCAAGGAUCAAACGGAGAGUUGGUGGAAGGCCUUUUCCCGUCUGCUUAUCAGUGAGGGAUUCUUGGUAGAAGUUCCUGGGCCUAGCAAAUUUAUAAAGAUUUGCACCCUUACAAAAAAGGGUAGCGUUUGGCUUGAUACAGCCCGUGGGGAAUCGCCUCAGAGACUUGUCCUUCCUGCUAGUGACCUGUGUCCAAGGACGUGUCCCCUGCCAAGUUCCAGAACUGCGUCUUCAGGCAGUGAUCAUUCCGCUAGUCUGUUACCUGUUGAGCUGACUGCAGAGAAGAAGCAGUAUAACUUGGAGAAGAUGUAUUCUUACAAAGCAGUUGAUAAAAUUUCUUCUGGGAGUAACAUUCCUCCAAAAAGUAUCAUGCUGCAGUCACCGGGAAAAUCUUACAGUUUCUCAGGACCUGUUAUUUCGGCCCAAGAGCAAGAGACUCAGACUGUGUUAUAUGGCAAAUUAGUAGAAGCAAGACAGAAAUAUGCCAAUAAGAUGGAUGUUCCUCCAGCUAUUCUGGCAACAAAUAAGAUACUGAUAGAUAUGGCCAAAAUGAGACCAACGACAAUUGAAAAUGUGAAAAGGAUUGAUGGUGUUUCUGAAGGCAAAGCUGCUAUGUUGGCCCCUCUGUUGGAAGUCAUCAAACACUUCUGCCAAGUAAACAGUGUUGAGACGGACCUUUUUUCAACUGCAAAACCUCAAGAAGAACAGAAGGAAAGUGUGGUAGCAAGAAAUAAAAGAUGCUCACUUUCACAGUCUGUGGCCAUCACUUACUCCUUAUUCCAGGAAAAGAAGAUGUCUGUGGAGAGCAUAGCUGAGAACAGGAUUCUGCCUCUCACAGCGGUUGGCAUGCAGUUAUCCCAGGCCGUGAGAGCUGGCUGCCCCCUGGACAUGGAGCGGGCAGGCCUGACUCCGGAGGUUCAGAAGAUCAUUGCUGAUGUUAUCCGAAACCCCCCUGUCAACUCAGAUAUGAGUAAAGUUAAAUUAAUUAGAACACUAGUUCCUGAAAACAUUGACACAUACCUUAUCCACAUGGCAAUUGAGAUCCUGGAAAAUGAUCAUGACAGCAGACCGUCAGGCCACAGAACUUUAUGUGAUUCCAACAAGAAGAGAUGCUUCCCCAGUGCUGAAGAGAGCUGUUCAGAUUCUAAGAGAAGCAAGGAAGAGACAGGCACUAAUACCAAGGUUGAUAGAAUUCAUCCUGGUAAUUUUUCACUGAAAGAUGAAAGCCACAGAAGGUCACUAAAACCAACAUCUUGGAAUCAGGCAUCCUACAAUUCAGAAAUAGAAGAUUUAUUUGCAGAUUCUCAUAUACCGGAGCCAGGAACUCAAUUGAGGCCUCCCCCAUGGGUGUCAGGAACCCAAUUACCUGAGCCAUCACUACUGCCUCCCAGCAUCUGUGCUAGCAGGAAGCUGGAGUCAGGAGCCAGAGCUGGGCAUGGACCCCAGACUUCAACUGAAACUUCAAAGAGAAUAUUACCUGAGUGGUUUGCCAAAACACUUUCUGAUACCAGCAAGAAACCAGUGGUAAAAACAAAAAAAGAAGGUCUUUUUAGUUAAGUGGGAAAUGACCAGAACCAGCUUGUGUGCCUUGGUGUAUUAAAAGAGGAGAGCUGUGUUUUGUUUCUUAAAAUAAUGAGGAGUAAUGUUUAGCUUCAGAAUUAUUCUAAUGCCAAAGUUAAGCUCAUCUAUUUACUGAAGGACUGUCAACUUAGAUCAGCAUUCACAUAAACAUUGGGUCAGCCUUCUAUAUUGGUCUUUUGAGAACUGGAGUGAGUAUGGCUUAGAAUAUUAAAUUAGAUUUUCUCUAAGAUUGCUUAAAAAGACUGCAUUCCCAUCCUGUUUUCCAGUGUGUUUAUUUAUUGAAGUAAUAUAUUUGAAACACAGGAUGUGCUGUGAUUUGAAUUAGGUAACAGAUUAGUUGUGUGAUUACUAGUGAUAGAAAAUAUUCUUACAUUGCCAAAAUUCUGCCUUGUAACUAUAAGAAAACAUAGUUAUUUUAUAAAUUGUCUUUACUGCCAUUUGAAGCAAAAAGGCAUUAGAAGUAUUAGAUGGUAUUAGUUGACCAGACCAGACCAAUGAAAAUAAAACAUUUUUCAAUCCAUGUUAAUGGGGAAAAAAUGUAAAAUUAUUCCAAUUGCAGUAGGCAGCUGUGAGGGUACUUCAAAAAGUUGAUCUUGGAAAGUGCACAUUAUCUUUUAAUGUUUUCUGCAAGUAUUUUGAAAUUCCCUCUUUAUGCACUUUGUAUUUUAUACAGUUUUUCUAUUAUUUUUCAAAUAAAACAAUAUGCUUCCUACUAAAUAUUAUAAAUUAUAUGUAUAUAUUUUAACUUUCAUUUCCUUAGCUACCUUGAGUGCCUUUGUUUUUUGAAGAUGUCAGAAUUGUCUCUCUUGUGUUGUGCAAAUAGCUUAAAUGUCUAAAACUCUAAACUGUGUUUAUAUUAAACUUUAAGCACUUUUCCAUAUGUUUUAUAAAUACAUUCCAUUUAAUAACCUCUCCAUCAUUCUCAUGAUAAACACAGUCAACCCCUUGCGUAUCCUGCCAGACCUUUUGGUUUUUGCAUGUUUCUGCUCAUUGUCACGUGAACACAGGGAUGAAUUUUCAUAGUAAAACAGCCUUCGGACUUCAAAGUCCCCUGUACCAUGGUUUUUCACAUCCCGUUACCGAGAGAGAGCUCCUGUUUAAUAUGUGAUAGGCGGUUCUCCAGUCCUGUCUUCCGCAUUUGCGUGCCUCGUGUGUGUAUCUAACAGAGAUCAGUAUUCCGUGUGACGCAGUGGGACAUGCACAGGUGCUUUAUGUGGGACAGGAGAGGCACGCCUUCAUUUCCUUGAGUUGUGCAUUGAAUCAGCUGCUCUUCUUCAUUGCUACCAUUGUUAUUGAAAAGACUGACAGAACGCUGUAGAUGGUCAUUUAGACUUGUGUGUUUGGCAGACAUUUGCUCAAAAUAGAACCAAGUCAGCCUCUCACUUCAGGGAAAACUGGUGAUAUUUGUUGCCACACAAAACUUGAGUUUUCUAGUGAAAUUUGGAAGACUUGUGUCCCCCACCAGGGAACUGACAGCUUCCCUUAACAUAAAGAUUUUUCUUUUGAGAUGGAUGGUAGUUAAUAAAUGUGACUUUCUGAUUUUGUAAAAAAGGAUUGUCAGUGUUUGAAAGAUGUGUUAUUUAGUGACGUGUAUCUUCUGGAUGAUUAGUAUGUAGUGUUACGGUUAUAACAUGAGUUAAAAAUCUGUUCCAAACAGAAGCGUGGAUUUUAAUGUAGUAGAGUAUGAAAAAGUUUGCUGAUAUGGCUUCAGAUUAUAUAUUGCAACUCAUCUUUAAAAACUACCAGUUGUUCAGUUUGAGUAUAAUUUCAAAAAAGGCAGUGCACCAUUAUCUGAGAAGACUAUUAAAAUACUCCUCUCUUCCCUAACUGUAUACCUG